GCAUUAUUAAUACAUAAAAAAUAGAUAUAUUAGUAAUAAUACACACUUACUACAUUAGUUAUAUAUUAACUAAAAAUUAUAUCAAAUAAAAUAUUCAUAAUACACAUUAAUUAUUACAUGCAAUUUGCCAAUACAAACGACCCUGAGAGAAUCAAUUGAAAAUUAGGUUAGGUAGUAUUUCUCUUGCCCUUAUUCUGGCACAACCUCAGUUGUAAUUUUCACUCUAAAGAUUUCAAGAUUUUGAUUUCUUGCAUUUGCCCACAAAGUAUGGCAAAUUCACUACUCAUCUCAGGAGCUCAAAGUUUCAGCCUUUGUACAAGAAUUUCCCCAAAUGGGUCAGGCUUUAUUGGAUCAGAUUUCAACGUCAACCAAUUUUCCAAGUUGGGUUUAUCAAGAACCAGCUAUAAAACCAAAACCCUAACUCCAAUAUGCAGUAUUUCAACAUCUAGGCCAGCGUCACAGCCAAGAUUCAUACAACACAAACAAGAAGCUUUUUGGUUCUACAGAUUCUUGUCCAUUGUGUAUGAUCAUGUGAUUAAUCCUGGUCAUUGGACUGAAGAUAUGAGGGAUGAUGCACUUGAACCAGCUGAUCUUAAUGACAGGAAUUUGACUGUAGUGGAUGUUGGUGGUGGCACUGGUUUCACUACAUUAGGUAUUGUUGAACAUGUGGAUGCCAAGAAUGUUACAAUUCUUGAUCAAUCUCCUCAUCAGCUUGCUAAGGCUAAGGAAAAAGAGCCUUUGAAAGAAUGCAAGAUAAUUGAGGGUGAUGCUGAGGAUCUUCCUUUCUCAACUGAUUAUGCUGAUAGAUAUGUAUCUGCUGGAAGUAUUGAAUAUUGGCCGGACCCACAACGUGGAAUUAGAGAGGCGUACAGGGUUCUGAAACCUGGAGGGAAGGCGUGCCUAAUCGGUCCUGUGCACCCUACCUUUUGGUUGUCUCGUUUCUUUGCUGAUGUGUGGAUGCUCUUCCCUAAGGAGGAAGAAUACUUAGAAUGGUUUGAGAAGGCAGGAUUCCAGGACGUCCAACUGAAGAGGAUUGGCCCAAAAUGGUAUCGUGGUGUUCGCAGGCAUGGGCUUAUCAUGGGAUGUUCUGUGACUGGUGUAAAGUCUACACCAGGCGAUUCACCACUACAGCUCGGUCCAAAGGCAGAGGAUGUGACAAAACCUGUAAAUCCAUUUGUCUUUAUUUUGCGUUUCCUUCUGGGGGCAAUGGCAGCAACAUACUAUGUUUUGGUUCCUAUUUACAUGUGGGUUAAAGACCAGGUUGUUCCUGAAGGCGAACCUCUGUGAGAGAGCGAGCAACUUAUUAAUUACUGGCUGACCUGACCUGCUGCACCAUGUUCUAGUUAGUGCAGCUCUGCCUUUCAAUUGUAUGCCUAGAAUUUGCUGCGAACAAAUCUGUUUUAAUUGCCAAAUUAUGUUUAGACAUCUUAGCUUGGUACCGACUGAUGUGAUAUAAUUUUCCAAAUGUAGACUGGACUCCUUUCCAGAUGACUUGGUAGGCGUCCAACCAUGAAUAUUUUUCACAAUAUUGUGGAAUACAUUUUUACUUUAUUUCGGAUA